GCCUGUGCUGAAAAAGAAGAAGACUACUGGGACUCUGUACUCUGGAGUGAUGAGACCAAGAUAAAUGUUUUUGGAAUGGAUGGCUUUAAAACUGUAUGAUGUCGCAAAGGUGAGGAGUACAUAGAAAAAUGCAUUGUGCCUACAGUGAAACAUGGUGGUGGCAAUGCCCGGUAGGCCUUUAUGAAUGUUGCUGGUGUCGAAGGCCUGCAUUUCAUUGAUAGUAUCAUAAAUUCACAGAUGUACUUCUCUAUAUUGAAAGAGAAGUUUUCCAACAUGACAAUGAUCCAAAACACAAAAAAUCUAAGGCCACUGCUGCAGUUCUGA